AUGAAGAGAAAAAGCCACCACAGCAAGUACGAGGGUGACCACGAGGAGGGACAAAGCGAUAGGGCAAAGAGCAGCCACAAAAAACAUGAAGAAAAGCGAAGGGGGGAGGAAAGAAGAAACAGCGACGCCAAAAGCGAGACGAAAAGAGCGCACGAAAGGAAGAAGCACGAAGUGGAGAGUGGGCACACCAAGGGGGAGGAUGACAGGCGGAAGAGGGUGAAGACGGAUGAGAGGCGCAACGGGGAGAAGCGGAACGAGGAGAAGCAACACGAGGAUAAGCGGCACGAGGAGAGGCGUCGAGAGGACAAGCGCCAUGAUGAAAAGCGGCGCGAGGACACCCACCAGGAAGACACAAGACACACCAAGAACAAACCCACAGAAAAGAAGGACACCAACAAGACGCACGAUGAUGCCCCCCGCUCACCUAAGAGGAGCGGUCGCGACAGGCGCUCUCCAAGCCAUGGGCAUAGGAGGAGCCGAGACAGGGAUGCCUACGCGCAUGGGAAGCCCCCGCAGAGGGAAUGGGAGAGAGACCGAGAAAGAGACCGUGACCGGGAAAGAGAUCGUGAUCGGGAUAGAGAUCGCGACCGGGAAAGAGAUCGCGACCGGGAAAGAGAUCGCGACCGGGAAAGAGAUCGCGACCGGGAUAGAGACCGUGACCGGGAUAGAGACCGUGACCGGGAUAGAGAUCGCAAUCGAGAUAAGGAUCGCGACCGGGAUAGGGACCGAAACCGGGAUAGGAGCCGCCACCGCGAUCGAGAGCGUGAUUGCAACAGGCGCCCCUCCGCAUCUCCGGACGGCAAGCGCCCCGGGCGAAGCAGAAGUCGCCACGGAAACCCCCCAAUAGGCAACCCCAACGAGGAAGAGAGGUACAAUCGGAUUGGAAAGGACACCAGCGAUUACCACCUCAGACUCGAUCCCAAAGGCAACAAAAAUGAUGGCGACGACAUGUUCAGUGGAAACCCAAACCUUAUUGACACUCACAGUAGAAAUGCUACCAGUGGGAUGAUGUUCAGCGAGGUAGGAUACAAUCCUGCUCAUGUGUUAAGGAGUAAUAUAGACUUGGAGGAAAACAGGAAGAUGCAGAGUACCAUUCUUGGAGAAGAGAAAAAUGGAUUAGAGCCCCCACCCCCUGGCAUGAUGAAUCCGAACGGCCCAUGGUAUGACCCCACAUUAGGAGACCUAAUUCCGAAUGGCAACCUUCCCAAUGGCCCCUUUUUUCACCAUGACCAAAUGAACCUCGGAAACAGAAAAAAUAUGAAUCUUAGAGACUACGAAAUGAAAGGCAUGAAGAGCAGGAGGGGGGGAAAGAAGAACAAGAAGAACAAGAAAAUGAGAAACAUGAAGAAUAAGAACGCGGCGGCUCUCUUCGCGAAUGAUGAUUUUUACGACUCCGGUCUCCUGCUCCACCCGCAUCACCAGCAGAAUAUGUUCAGUCAGUCGAUGCUCGCCAUGGAGGAGAGUAACAACCUUGGUAAUGCCAGCAACAUCAGUGGUGCUAAUAACCCAUUCGGAGAAGGCAUGGAGACAGCCGCUGGAGGCCCCAUCGCCCCGAAUGCCGCAGCGGCAAACCCCAAUGACAUAAACAGUGAAGCCGCACAUAUGAUGGGCACCAGUGGCAACGGAGCUAAUAACCUGGCGGAAGAAUCUACCGAUUUUUUUCUCAAUGCAAAUAGGAAUAACAUGACACAGCCGAGUGGAAAUCCUGGCGAUCCGAAUAACAUAGUCGCCCCUCCCCCACCGUAUUCAGACGGCAGAUCGUACGGUGGUAGAAAACAGCCCAUCCUUCGCGCCAACGAUGCGCAGGCGAAGGUGAGCGGGGGCACCCCCAACAGGAUUAACAAUCCCAACUUUAUGGGGAACGCCAGCCUCAUGGGGAAUCCCAAUUUUAUGGGCACCCCCAGCCUUUUGGGCAACCCCAGCCUUAUGGGCAAUCCGAACCUCAUUGGUAACCCUAACUUUAUGGGCAAGGCUAGCCUUAUGGGCAACCCCAAUUUUAUUAACAAUCCCAACUUCAUGCACAAGGGAGGACCCCCGCCCCUCCUGGAGACCCCCCCGAUGAGGCAAAUGAGGAAGGGGCAGGGGCAGAAGAACAGCAACAUCCUGGGUGACAUAGACGCGAAGGACAAUCCCACCUUCGAACGCACAGGGAUGAACAGUAUGAAUAUCGGUUUGAUGGCGAAUGCCAUUCCGCCUCCCCCUGACGGGGACGCCGUCAGCAAAGGGAUAACUUUCACUGACGGACAGCCCAGCCCGCCAGGCGUACCAAAGGGAGCAAACCUUCCCAAUGUGCCCAUCCCACCGAGCCCACCUGGUGCACCCAGCAUGCCUCCGUACCAGAACCCAUUGAUGAACCGAAAUGGAAUGAACCUCCCCCCCUAUGGAAACUUCUCCACCCCUAACACUUCCCUCCUAACGAACAAACAAAAGAUGAACAACGUGAAGAUGUCUGACAAAGGGGGGGUAGGAAACCCCAACUACAUUUCGCUCAAUGCUAAUAGUAUCCCUUUAAUUCCAAAUGGAAAUCCACUGAAUAGACAGUUUAACAUGAGCAAUAACUUGAACCAUAAUUCGAAUCAGCAGAAGGAUAGAGGAGGCCCUCCGUACAUUUCGGAUGAGGUGCUGGAUGGGCACGAGGAAGGCAUCUUUCCUAUGCAUCCGAAUGCUGGCCCGGCGGGAAGCAUCGGUAGUAAAAACCACAGGGGAGGACUUGACUACGUGGAGGGUCCAUUAGGCAAUCCAAGCGGCAUGGAUAGCUAUUAUGAAGAUGUGGGCAGACCACCCAACACCCAUUUGCUAAUGGGAGGGGUGCCCCCUCCGUUGGGCCCCCCUUCAAAUGCGCCCUUCCCGGUUAGGUUUCCCAAUAACGCGGUUCUUUCGAAGAGUGGCCCCAAUAUGGCAUGGGGGAUGAGCGGCGGGAUGGGGGGCAACCUCAGUGGGAACGUCAGUGCGAACGUUCCGUCCGCCCCCCCCGGUACGGCUGGCUCCCUCAGGAGGAACUAUCCAGAGGCAAAUGAAGAUGGCUGGAGCUCAAACCACCUCCUUAGUGGUGACCCUUUCAACAGGCCUCCUAUCAUGGGAGAUAAACAGAGCGGCUCGCAAACUGAUACGUUCGGGGUAUUCCCCGUGAACCACGGACCCAUGGGUUCUACAUCUAUGGGUAAAGAUGCAAACGGGUUAAGAGGACAUCCCGUGGACAUGAAUCCAACGUGGGAUCUCCAUUCCAAUACACGCAGUGGCAGACACCAUCGGGAUGGAGUCAACCAAAGGGGUAGCUCCUUCCAUAGCCAUAUCGAACCAACCGCUUCGCCUGAUGAAGAUCGUAUUAGUGAAUACAGAAGGGAAGAUCAAAGCGAUGCCCCGUUCGAUCAGUACGGGAAUGCACAACGGGAGGAGCAAAAUGAGGAGGGUGAUGCCCCCGAUGAUGGAGGUGCGACAGGGGCUGCCAUACAUACGAAGGGCGGUGGCGGCCAAAGGAAGCCGCUAACACGGGAAGAGAAACUGCACGAAUGGUUAGAGAAACAGGUAACGAAUCAGACGAAUAUAAUUUCCGACGCCCUGCAUCUGAUUCCACUGUGCAUACAGAGCAGUAGGGACGAUCCCCUUGCCGAAGCAGAACUUAUGCGAAAUAACCCAAAUGGGGAAGCAAGAAGAGGAAGGAGCCCCUUCCAGGAGAAGAUACUCACCGAUGGAUUUUACGGAAAUGCACACAUCGAAGAGAGUAGACAUUUUUCCUUUAAGGAAAAGAUGUCUUACAAGUUACGUGAAGAAGAACACAUGAACAAGCAGAUGCAGCUCCUUCUAGAACCCGUAAAUGAUGAAUCCACAGAGGAAUCAGACCUUCUAAGUAGCAUGAGACAUUUCCUCCUCACAUCUGGUGACGAGCUUUGUGCUGAACCCGUUUCCCAAACGGCAUCUGCAUCUGUGCAGAGGGGAGAGCGAUUCCUUCUUCGCGAUGACGAACCAUUGAAUGAGAGUCUAUUCAUAAGUAAGGGUGGUAAACAGGUGGAGGUGGCAGGCACCCCUAGUCAGGAGAGCAUCAACCAUGCUCAGAACAGCAACAACCGUGCUGAGACGGAACAACCCAGUGCCACUGCAAAAAAUUCGAAGAACGAUGGGACUGAGACAAAUGGUGAGCCGGACGAAAACACAAAUAACUACUUCAUGAGGCUGAUGAAGAGCAGGCUUAAGAACCCACUUUCGAUUCUCACCGGUCUGAGCAAGAAGGAUUCCGAAAAGGAGGAGGAGCAGCAACAGCAGGAACGGUAUGAACGGGAACAAAGUGCACUUAAGGGUGAAACGGAUCAAACGGAUAAAACAGAUGCAGCGAAUAUUCCAGGAAAGAAAGCCACCCCAAACGGGUUCAUACCUCCAGAUCAGCGAAGCGGAAAAGAUGAUCGUUUCGAUUAUAAGUACUAUCUCCUCAAACAGCUGCUCCUGCAAAAUAGGACCCAAGAGAAGAAACACCUGCUAGAAGACAACGGGUGUGUACACCAAGUUGAUGUCUCCUCCACCAACCUCUUCAUGCUGAAUACCUACGGCAUCACGUCGGAAGAUGCCGUCAGUCUGUACUGA